AUGCCGAGUUUAGGAGGUCUUUUGAAGAAGCGGCGAACGAAGGAUUCCCAAACCCUCGCGUCCGAAAUCCCGGCUGCUGCGACGGACGCGCAAUCAAACAACAACUCUCACCCGGACCAUCCAUCUCACGACUCUUCCGAAGGCGCCUCCAUGCAGCCCGCCGGGAGCGCACAGGCGUCCCCCCACCAUUCCACCAAUGCCGCCAGCAUUAACAAUAUCAUCAACAAUCCCUCGGAAGUUGGCUCCCAGGCCCACAAUGCCAGUCAAAUGCAGGGCUCAACUCUGAGUCAAGGCCAGCCUCAGCAUCCGUCCCAAGCGCAUGCGCAGGCCCAAUCGCAGCCGCAGCCGCAGCCACAGUCGCAUUCGCAUUCGCAGUCUCAGCAGCAGCAGCAGUCCCAAGCAGGUCAGCAGAGACCUGAACGGACUACCAAGGGCAAGUACUCGCAGGAGGAUUUCCUGCUGCAGCGCACCCUCGGCACCGGUAGCUUUGGACGAGUGCAUCUGGUGCAGUCGAAACAUAAUCAUCGCUUCUACGCCAUGAAGGUGCUCAAAAAGGCCCAGGUCGUUAAAAUGAAGCAGAUCGAGCACACCAAUGACGAGCGUCGCAUGCUGAAUCGUGUACGGCAUCCAUUCCUCGUGACCCUGUGGGGGACCUGGCAGGACUCGCGGAACUUGUACAUGGUGAUGGACUUUGUCGAAGGUGGUGAGCUUUUCAGCUUGCUCCGUAAAUCACAGCGAUUCCCCAACCCCGUCGCCAAAUUCUACGCCGCAGAGGUGACAUUGGCUCUGGAGUACCUGCACGCUCACCAAAUCAUCUACCGUGAUCUCAAACCAGAGAAUCUUCUGCUUGACCGCCAUGGUCACUUAAAGAUCACCGAUUUCGGUUUCGCCAAAGAGGUGCCCGAUAUUACAUGGACAUUGUGCGGAACACCCGACUAUCUGGCUCCCGAGGUUGUCUCUUCUAAGGGUUAUAACAAGUCGGUCGACUGGUGGUCAUUGGGCAUCCUCAUCUUCGAGAUGCUCUGCGGUUUCACGCCCUUCUGGGAUAGCGGAUCUCCCGUCAAGAUUUACGAGAAUAUUCUUCGGGGAAAGGUCAAGUACCCGCCGUACUUGCAUGACGACGCAGUGGACCUCUUGUCCCAGCUGAUCACAGCGGAUCUAACCAAGCGGUUGGGCAACUUGCACGGAGGUCCCGCAGAUGUCAAGAACCACCCGUGGUUCGCCGAAGUCACUUGGGAUCGACUGGCGCGGAAGGAUAUCGAUGCGCCCUAUAUUCCCCCAAUUCGGGGUGGACAGGGUGAUGCCAGCCAGUACGACAAGUAUCCCGAAGAGACAGAACACUAUGGCGCGACCGGAGAAGACCCAUACGGCCAUCUGUUCCCCGAUUUCUAG